CACCAAUGACAAGUUUCGCCAUCUGUAAUGCUUCACUACCUGCAACAGCAACACCAACAACAAAACAUCACUAUUUUACCGCCGACAUUAAUAACAAGAUUCCACCUUCAGUAACAACAAUAAAUCUACUACCAGCAAUAGCGACAUUAAUGGUGAAAUUUCAAGGCAAUGACGAAAGUUCACCACCAACAGCACAAACCAUCUAG